AUGAAAAAACACUUCAUGUAUCCCAACGAAAGUUCAAAAGUUCGAGACUCCUCUGUUCAAUUCUCAGAGAUGGGAGCUGCGCGGGUAAGGUUGUCUCCAAUCGGAUUUGUAGUUAUAGGACUUGUAGUUGUAGCGGUAAUUUACUACCUAUCGACUGAUGGAGGAAUUGGAGAGUUUUCGCAUAAGUAUUUUGAGGGGGAAGACACAGUCUCGAUGAAAAAACUCAUUGUGACUGCAAUUCAUCUUGCCGAGAAAGGAGGAGUUGUUGUUCGUAAAAUUCGAAAUGGUGAAGAUCUAGGGGUAAGUAACUUCUUGAUACACCCUUACUUGAGUAGAGUUGUAGAUGCAGACGUUGGGAAAGCAAAAGUUGCUUGAACUUGCCUCGGUUCAAGCUUAGGCUAUGCACCGCUUAGCUGGAGAAGAAAGCAAUCUUACAUACAUGUAACAGUUUAAGCUUUCUAAUUCUAAAAAAAUCUUCCAAGGUUACAUAACAUAACCGAUGAUUUCUUUCGGAAAUUGUACUUUUAUUACAACAAUGCUGAUAAUGAAAGUAAACAGUUGGUUAAACAUUUGGAAUGCAUGGUUGCGUCGUGGCAAGAAAGAGUAACUUUUGAGAACUGUCAACGUGUACAACUGUGAUUUACAUAUACAAGUUAAAAUCGUAAACAGCUGAGUAAAAUCUCUUAUGGCGAUGCGUAAACCACCUACAUUUUAGCUCCAUUUCCCCAUGAUUUAUGAAAUUAAAUUUCCUGGGUAAAACUGUACACACAUGCACAAGCAACAUAGUUUCAGACAGUAGUUUAUUCUCAGUUUCUUAGCUGUGGAAAAAUUUCCAUAAGAAUAUACACUUCCACGGUUUCUGCCAAUUUUUAAUGAGGAUUAGUUAGUGAAUAUUCAACAAAAAGCAUCUUCAUAUCAGUUAAGGUGCCAAGUUUGAAAGUUAUAUGACAGAAACACGCAGCUCAGCAAAAUAGGCCACUUUUGAGAUAUUAAAAUUCAGCAUGAUAGCAAUUCUUAGGCCCUGCCGCAGCCAUCCACAUGUAUUUAGAUACUUUUGAAACUGCAUCCUUUUUUUACAAAUCGGCCUUCCGUCCACAUGAAACCAGUGAAUCCACGCACUGAAACCGCAUAUUUUUGAAACUGUCUUCCAGAGUGGAUUAUUUUGGAUCCGAUAGGUUUGGUGGAUUCAUGUGGACGACUAAAACCAGAUAUUUUUUUACGUCAACUACAUCAUAAACGUGGGUCCAGGCUUAAAUGAACACUUUGCAAGUUUAAAAUGGCAGACAACAAUGUUCUGUUGUUCUAACAGGUUGAGAAAUGUUGGCUAAAAGCGCUAGAAGUAGGAAAGAUACUUCCUAUUUAUUACAGAAGCAUAUUCGUGUGGGCAAGUGAAUCCAAACUGGAUACACCACACAGAAUUCGUGUAUGCAGUUUCGGCAUAUCCAGAUUUGUGUGGAUGUGGCCUUAGAGGACACAAACAAAGAAAAUGAAUAAAUAUGUUUAUUCAUUUCUUUCAAUUCAGUCCCCCAAGACUUGCUAUCGUGCAGAAUUUUAAUAUCUUGAAAGUGGCCUAUUGCAACAUUCUAUACGGGUUCGUAUGUAUAAUAAUGAUAAUCACAACUAGAAGUGUAUUGGUUCUAGUAACAAAAGAGUAUUUUGUUUCAAUUUGUUAACAAAAAAAGCAAUGUUUCUUAUAGCGGGGAACAUGGACUUGUCCCCACCUAUGAAAAGUCUAAAAAUUCUGCGACUUUGCUGAACCAUAUCUUCAUAACUUUAUAACAUGUUACUCUAAACUUACAAAGUUUGUUGUACUGUUAUUUGCCACUUGUGCAUUUUCCAUAAAACUCCUUAAAAAUUUGGAAUAUCUCCCCAGCAUUACAGUUGUCCCAAGAGAAACUUAAGUCAAAGCUUAAUGUGAAAAAUUUGGGGGGCAAGCAAGGUGUAUUGAACGCAAAGUAAAAGUGGCAAAAAUGCACAAAAAGUGGAAAUCAAUAAUUUUGCAACCAAUCAUUCCUUGUCUUUCUUGCUUAUUUUACAGGAAGAAAGCAAAGGAAAGACCCGCGAAGGAGCUAACAAUCCUGUAACACAAGGAGACAUGCUGUCUCACAGGACUAUGUUUUAUGGCUUCAAAAAGGCAUAUCCUAAAGUAAAUGUAGUAUCUGAAGAACAUGACCAUGGGGAUGUUGAUUUGAAUGAUGUAAAGCUGCCAGAAACAUCGCAAAUUAUUGAUGGCAGUUUACAGUUUAACAAGGAAGAUGAGGUUGUGUCUACUGGCAACCUUUUAGUGUGGAUUGAUCCACUUGAUGCAACGCAGGAAUAUACUGAAAACCUUGUUAAAUAUGUCACAACCAUGAUCUGCAUUGUGGUCAAAGGAAAACCUGUAGCUGGAAUAAUCCACAAACCAUUUUUACAACAGACCUACUGGGCUUGGGUGGGACAUGGAUCCUCAGAUAACGUUCAAGUCUCUCAAGAAAGGGAUGCUGCAUUAACAUCACCAAGGGUGAUAGUUUCAAGAUCACAUGCAGGAAAAGUAAAUGCUACGGUAAGAUCAGCAUUUGGUCCACAAUCCAAAGUGAUACCUGCUGGUGGUGCAGGCUAUAAAGUGUUGUCAUUGUUUGAGGACAAAGCUGAUGCCUAUGUCCAUGUGACGUUAAUUAAGAAAUGGGACAUCUGUGCUGGUGAUGCCCUCCUGAGAACAUUGGGUGGCAAGAUGACAACAUUAGAUAAUGUUGAAAUUGAAUAUGGUAAUGCAGAAAAGCCAGCCAAUGAAGGAGGACUUCUUGCAGCAGUACACAAUCAUGCAGAGUAUCAAAACAAGCUUGUGCAUAUGUUAAAGUCAUAAUGAAGAGCAAAAUGCCUGACUCAAUAUUGCAGUGGAUAUCAGUAGUUAUUAUUGUAUGACAUGAUAUUUAUUUGUAGAGAGCCUGUAACAAAGUUGCACAUUUUCGUGAUCAGGUGAUAAAUACUGAAAUGAAAGGCCUGUAACUAAUAUAUAUACACUGUACUGAAGCUAGAGGAAUGUCUGGGUAUCUAACAGUGUUGUUUAUUUAUAGUCAACUGCAUUGAGCUGCAUGUCGGUGGUCACUGCCUGGGAUGUCUAGAGGCAUUUCUAGAGAGUGAAGCACUACCAUGCUAGCACACCCUGCAACCCAUUCGUGUGACUCUAUGCAGAGUCUUCUGGGCACCUAUCACACUGUUAACAGUAGAAACAAAAUGUAGUUGGUGAGGGACAAAAAUGAAAACAAUGAUGAAUGGAAGACAG